CUAACCAAUCCGCGGAAUAAAAGUACUCAGAGGUUCGACAGCACAGGAGUGGACCUGUGUUAUUUUUCUAAAGAGGAGAGUUGUCACAUUCACAGCCUUUGCAUCCUGUUUUAAAACACAUUUUGUCUAAUUUCUUCACCCAAGGCAUAGUAUUGUCAAUCAUGGCUGUCUACAAAUUAGUGUUGAUCCGCCACGGAGAGAGCAACUGGAACCAGGAGAAUCGCUUCUGCGGCUGGUUCGAUGCAGAUCUGAGUGAAACCGGGGAAAAGGAGGCGAAGAGAGGAGGACAGGCCUUGAAAGAUGCUAGCUUUGAGUUUGACAUUUGCUACACCUCCGUUCUGAAGCGGGCCACCAGAACACUGUGGUUGGUCCUGGAUGCCAUUGACCAGAUGUGGGUGCCGGUGCACCGGACCUGGCGGCUCAAUGAGCGCCACUACGGGGGCCUGACAGGGCUAAACAAGGCAGAGACAGCCGCCAAGCAUGGAGAGGCUCAAGUGAAGAUCUGGAGGCGCUCAUUCGAUACCCCACCUCCUACCAUGGGACCAGACCAUGACUACUACAGUAUCAUCAGCAAGGAUCGGCGCUAUGCGGACCUGAGUGAGGACCAGCUUCCUUCCUGUGAGAGCCUUAAGGACACCAUCGCACGAGCUCUGCCCUACUGGAACGAGGAGAUUGCACCUCAGAUCAAACAGGGAAAGAGGGUCCUCAUCGCUGCCCAUGGAAACAGUCUGAGGGGGAUUGUAAAGCACCUUGAGGGAAUGUCUGAUGAAGCCAUCAUGGAGCUGAACCUGCCAACAGGCAUCCCCAUCCUCUACGAGCUGGACAAGAACCUGAAGCCUGUGAAGCCUAUGCAGUUCCUGGGAGACGAGGAGACCGUACGCAAAGCCAUGGAGGCCGUGGCUGCUCAAGGAAAGGCCAAGAAAUAAAGACACAGAAAAGUCCUCUCUGUGAACAGAAAAGGCUGCCCCUAACAACUGAUCACAUACGUGUUUUCCUUAUACCUUGUUUAUUUUGGAUUGUAAUACAUGAUGAGUACACUGUAGGUUAUUGUCAAACACACCCUUACUCUACUUGCACAGUGUAGGGAUAGUAGAUAGUAAACCAUUGGGAUAUGUUAGGGCAAGGGAGCCACAGCUCUCAAGAGAUUGGAAAUAUGUAUUGCUUUAACGGCCCAUCAAUAUGACAAUCUUUAAGAAAUCAGAAUUGAACUGUAAUGGCUAGAACUGCUAAUACAUGCUGUUUAUCUGUGUAUUUGAAUAAGUACUUGAAUAAAUGAAUGACCCUUUGAAUAAUGAAAA